AUGGCUUCAUUCAAGACAGACUUUGUUCCGACCUAUCACCAUGACACCUACCCCUCGAUUUCAGAAACCAAUCCGGAACUGUCUUGCAAGGGAAAAGUGGUCUUCAUUACAGGCGGUGGUCGGGGCAUCGGUCGGGAAAUCGCCAAGUCUUUUGCCAGGGCUGGGGCCAAAGGCAUAUUCCUGAUUGGAAGAACCAUAACAGAGUUGCUGAGCGCGGCAGGGGAAGUUGAGAAUGUCUCCGCUGGCAAGAAGGUAUCUGUCCAUCAUGCCAAGGCCGACAUCACAGAUACAGAAGCUGUUGCAGCUGCUUUCAAGCAGUGUAUUGAAGCAUUCGGCCACAUUGACAUCCUCGUGCAGAAUGCAGGAUAUCUAGACGACCAUAAAUCUCUGUUGGACUCUGAUCUUGACGAUUACUGGAAAACAUUCGAGAUCAAUGUCAAAGGUGGUCUCAUUGUCGUUCAGCAAUUUCUCAAGCACAGCCAGCCCGGUGACACGAUCAUCAAUAUCGGAUCUGGGGCUGGACACCUACCUUGCAUCCCUGGAUACUCAGCCUAUUCCUCAUCCAAGCUGGCAUUCGCCAAGGUUAUAGAAUUCGUCCAGCUUGAGCAUCCCGAGCUUCGAGUCUUUAACAUCAACCCUGGAGCUAUUGCCACCGACAUGCAGAAGAAAUCCGGCGACAUUGCCACAGUGGACAGCAUUCGGCUUCCGGGGUCGUAUUGUGUCUGGCUCGCUGCUUCGCAAGAUGCAGAUUCUCUCAAGGGCAGAUUUCUUUGGACGAACUGGGAUGUAAACGAAGUGAUGCAACGCGCAGUUGAAAUCAAGGAACAGAAUCUCUUGACUCAUACUCUGGCUGGUCUGUGA